GCGUGGGCGGAGAUGUCACGUGAUCCAUUAAAGCCUGCUGACAGUAGUUACACUUUGCGCUGAAACGCAUUCGCUUUUUGCGUCAGUGGAGUCCGUGUCAGUGCAGCACAAGAAGAAAUACACACAGUUAUGGCGAUCUUCACCACUUCGUUGAUUUUGUUGUGUUUCCUUGGCUCAUCUGUGGCGGUUGAAGCAGAAAAGUGUGGCGCUGUCCUCAACAAUGAAACUGGAGUUAUAACUUCACCAAAUUACCCAAACAACUACCCAAAUGGAGUCACUUGUAGAUGGAAGAUCUCUCCUCAAAAGUCCCAUGUGAAUAUCACUAUUGAGGACUUCCUACUUGAAGGAUCUUCAACUUGUGAAGCAUUCGACUUCGUUGAAAUCAAAGUUAAAAAAGGCACCUAUAACAACGAGAGAAUUGCUGUUUGCGGGUCACUGACUCCUCGUGUAUUGAGCAUCAAACUUGACGGUGAAUCAGUAGAAAUAACGUUCAAAACCGAUGUAAAUGUGAACGCAAGAGGAUUUAAAAUCAGUUACCGAAGCUUUGACGUCGACCCUUGUGUGAACAAGAAUGGAGGAUGCUCGCACACUUGCAACUUGGUUAAAGGAAAGCGUGAAUGCUCGUGUCCUGACGGUUACAAACUUGGGUAUGACUCGCAGACGUGCAAAGGCGUCAACAAUUGUUACUUUGUGGGACGAAGAAGGUGUCCUUACAGUAGUAAGUCAACUUGCAAGGACCUCGGAUUCGGCAAUACCACCUGUGUCUGUUGGAACGGUUACAAGAAAGACUUUGUGGAUGGCGUAUGCCGUGACAUUAACGAGUGCAAUGAAGAUCCUAACCGGUGUGGUGUUGGGGUUUGUAAUAACCGAAUAGGUUACUAUUACUGUACCUGUCCCAAAGGAUACCGAACAGGAUACAAAGACGGCAAACAGACAUGCCAGGAUAAAGACGAAUGCAGUAGUUACAGACCCCCCUACUGUGGAGAGGCCAGAUGUGUUAACACUCCCGGAAGCUAUGUUUGUCAGUGCAAACCUGGAUAUAAGUUCAACGAAACAUCGAAAACCUGUGAAGAUGACGAUGAAUGCGCCGCGAGCUCCAGUGGAUGUGAUCAGGUUUGCUCUAACACAAACGGUUCCUUCAGUUGCAGCUGUCAUCCGGGAUUUUUCCUGGAUAGCAAUGGCAAAACCUGCCGGGACGUAAAAAUUGAAGGUCUUGGACUCGUUAACAAAGACAAGGCCUGCCACGGAGAAUCCCUGAGAAUGUCCUGCAAAGAUCCUUUGGACUCGCUCAUAAUUUACGAAGCAAAGUUUGGUGAUACUGGAGAUCUAACAAUUUGUCCCUACAAACAUUUCAUCGCUCAAGUCGAUAGCAAGGGCCCUGACACUUUGCCUUGUUAUGAAAACGUGACCAAGAAGAUCGAGAGUUUGUGUGGCUGGAGAAGUACGUGUGAAGUCAAAGCCGAGUCUGCCCUUAGCCGUCUUUGCCGUGGACCCAACAACCACUUAUCUGUUAUGUAUUCGUGCGGCAAACCUCUGAAGUGUCCAGCUCUGCCCAAACCAGACAAGUGUGUUGCUCCUGUAAACAACGAGUGCAAGUCAGACAAGGAUUGCCCCCCGGCUAAAAUGUGCUGCUUCGACGGAUGUCAGGAUGUGUGCUCUAAACCUGUCAUGUACACAAGUGGUUCCUAAGGCAACAGGUGUCUUGAGAAACAGACUGCUUGAGAUGGAUUGGACAAUUGGCACAAAACUAAACAAAACUGAUCAAGACAAUGACAGUAAAUUGGGAUAGUUAAAUGAGAGCUUUUUCUGUUGUUUAGUGAUAGAAAACAUGUUUGUAUUCCUAUGGUAAACAAUAACUGACUAUUAAAACUUACUGUACACAGAUUAAAA